AUGGAUCAUGCCCCCGCGACCUCCGCUACCUUCCUCAACUCCUUCUACUCGCUCUACGACUUCCUGCCACCCAGCAACCCCCCCGCUCCAUCUUACGCGCGCCCGGAGCCGCCGCCGCAGCCGCAGCUGCAUACACAGACACAGGUCCCGGCGAGUGGGAGGCGGACGCUCACGAAGCGGAAUUCCAGCUCGCGGUCCCUGUCUUCGCUCAUCUCGCUCUCGCAGAACGGGAACGGUAGUGGUGCGAGAAGGGCGAGUUUGAAGAGGCCUGAGACGGAGGGGGCUAGGAAUGGGUUGGUGAAUGGCAACGGGAAUGGUAAUGGCAAUGGGGCGCAAUCGCUGGGGAGGAGUGUGGGGUCUUCGGUAGGCAGUGCGAGCGCGAGUACGAUGCAGAUGCCACGGAUAGGGGAGAAGAAGAAACAGCCUUCUUUCAAUGAUUGGAGUGCGGUGAAGCUGCUGGAGCAGUAUGAUCCGGAUGAUAUGUAUGCGGUGAGCCAGCCGCACGCGUAUGUGGGGGAUUAUAUGAUGGAGGUCCCGCUAGGCGUGUCGUUGACGGAGGAAAUGGCCAAGUACGAGGCAAGGGUGAAGGGUGAAGAGGAAGAGCUGAGUUCUGCUACUUCGGGAACGCUAGGAGGUGAAAUGAGCCCAAGGGAAUUUAGACGCAAGAGUAGGCGGUUGGGAUGGAUUGAGAAAUUGAGGGAUGGGUUGCAGAAAGAUGCGGAUAUUGGCUGGUUUGUCGUGGUUGUUGGGGAUGAGGAGAGAGCUCCUCCGGAUGAGCGUAUUGGGGCCAGUGUGAAUAGGGAGGAGCAUCAUAUACGAUCCCCGCCGAGGGGUGCAAAAUCAAAGGGAUUCUUUGGCAGGAGAAAAACCAUUCCCGAGGAGUGA